AUGGAACCCAAAAUUCAUCCCGCUGCAACCGUAACCAAUAUUAAAAGCCUGAUUCCUGUCGUUCUCGAGAUGGAAUCCGGGCAGUAUGCUUCCUGGUCCGAACUGUUUAAGAUUCAGUGUCGCGCAUCCCUUGUUAUCGACCACCUCUCACCCCGCACUUCCUCCUCCUCUGGUCCAACCAAAGCAGCCGAUAAAGACACAACCGAUACAACGAAGGAAUCUCAAGUCGAUGACUCCUGGGAUCGCUUGGACGCCAUUGUGCUCCAAUGGAUUUACGCCACUAUCUCUAACGAUCUCCUGCACACUAUUCUUAAACCGAACACGACUGCGUACGAUGCUUGGAAGACACUUGAAGGUAUUUUUCAGGACAACAAAAGUUCUCGAUCCAUCCAUCUUCUGCACAAAUUCUCGAACACACGUCUUGAUGGGUUCCCUAACGUCUCGGCAUAUUGCCAGCAACUCAAGGUGCUCGCCGAUCAACUCGCUAAUGUCGGCAGUCCAGUCGAUUACGAUCGCUUGGUCCUUCAACUCAUCGCGGGCCUCAACGAUCAGUAUGCGGGCAUCGCUACCAUUCUUCAGCAACAGGAUCCAUUACCGAAUUUUUAUGAAGCUCGCUCCAAGGUCAUGCUCGUCGAAUCUCGUAAGGCUGAACAAGCGCUCCUUAUGGCUCAAACUGCGGGCACCGCGUUAAAUGCAAACUCCAACAUGUCACAACCGCCGGCGAAUAGCAAUGACUACCGGCACAAUCCUGAUAGACACCGGGGCCGCGGACGUUCACGAGGCCGAGGCAGAGGACGGAAUAGCUGGGGCCGCGGCCGCCACAACAACACCUACAACCCGCAGACUGGCUGGCCCAAUCAGCUGCCCGUCUGGCCCAACUCAGCCCAACAUCAAUCCUGGAAUGGGCCUGCCGCUCCUCAGCCCGCCUCCCCCCAACAGUGGGCCGCAUCACAGACUCACUCAUGGGUCUCCUCUCCUUGCCCAUAUCCCACAGCUCCCUCCCGGCCCAAUUCGGUAAACAACACUAGCGGCAGUGGGCUUCUUGGACCAAGGCCCACUCAAGCACACAACGCCUAUGCCCCAACCGAUAUUGAACAGGCGUUAUACACCAUGUCGCUCAAUCAACCGGACCCCAACCUGUACAUGGACACGGGUGCAACAGGAUUACAAGACCCGGAUCCCUAUCCUCCGGUGCAACAGCAGCGGUGAUCUAUACCCUCUCACGCUUGGAUCCGGGACAACCAGCACACCUUCCACUUUUGCAGCCAUCUCCUCCCAACUUUGGCACCAACGUCUUGGUCAUCCAGGACGCCCAUCUUUGCAUUAUUUAAAACAAUCUACUUUUAUUGAUUUUAGUAAACAUAAU